AUGUUAGAAUAUCAUCAGGGUUCAGCUGAAAUAUUUAGCAGCAAAACUAAGCCUGGGUUAGGCUGGAACUCCUGGGAGUCGUGCAGGCUAGGAUAUAAAUGUCCUCUAAAUUUUCCAAAGAUUGAAAGAAUAAUCACCAAAAGCAGCUACAGAAUGGAGCAGAGUGAGUACUUCAUGGUGGACUGCAUCCUCCAAAGCAAAAGAUGGUCAACCCCAGCCUCAUGCAGACAGCUUAUUAUGGCCACAGCUUGUUGGAACACAGAGAGAGGAGAAUGUCUGGUUGCCACGGCAAGCAGAAUAAAGCACUGGGAAGAUAGCAAUAGAGGUCUAUUUUAG